CUUGUUUCAUGCAAACCAUCGAGUUGUAUUAAUGCUUCCUGAUUCCCUGAACCCGUUUGCUGAUCCACACACCUUCCCAAGAACCACCUCUUUUGAUCGGCCCCAGCCCCACUCAUCCACAGAUGUAUCUCCAGCAGUCGCCAGGAGCCAAAGGAACGUUAGCAGCACACCGAUUGUUCUAUCGUCCUCUGAAACUGUUCUCAACGAUGAUUCGGUAGAGCAGACAGUACCAGGAACAUUCACCUUGGGAGAUCGGGGGAAGUUGAAUGUCAAUCAAAAGAAAGCACUUGGACAACAGGGAUCCGUUCCUGAUCAUGGCACCCCUAAUCGCGUUCCACAUUCUACUGUGGGCUACUAUGAGGAUUUCGAGACUAUCGAUUGGGUGAAAGAUAUUGCUCGGGACCGCUGUAGGCAUCGUGAGCUACAUGCUGGCCGAAAAACUUUUUUGGGUUGGCUGCGAUGCUAUUGGGAUUCGGGAUCCGGAUGGUUUUGUGUUCUGUUCGUCGGUUUAAUCACUGGCAUUAUCGCCUGCCUCAUUGACAUUGGGUCUACGUGGAUGUCGGAUUUGAAAGAGGGCGUGUGUUUGGAAGCGUUCUGGUUCAAUAGAGAACAAUGCUGUUGGUCAUCCAACCACACGAAUGGAGUAUGCGAGCAGUGGUACACUUGGUCCCGUCUAUUUUUGGACAAAGACCCAACGGGUGCGAAUCCUGAGGCCUACUUCGUCGGGUAUCUUUUCUACGUUCUGUUUGCCCUUCUCUUCUCCGUGGUUUGUGUGCUUCUGGUACGAAUGUUCGCACCGUAUGCUUGUGGCAGCGGAAUUCCUGAAAUUAAAACUAUAUUGGGUGGUUUCAUCAUCCGUGGCUACCUGGGCAAAUGGACUCUGCUCAUCAAAUCUGUCGGUAUGAUUCUGGGCGUGGCAGCUGGUCUAUCAUUGGGUAAAGAGGGUCCCAUGGUUCAUAUGGCAUCGUGUGUGGGCAACAUACUCGCCUACUUCUUUCCAAAAUACGGGAGAAACGAGGCUAAGAAGCGUGAGAUUUUGUCGGCUUCAGCAGCGGCUGGAGUCGCGGUGGCUUUCGGGGCCCCAAUCGGUGGUGUCCUCUUCUCUCUGGAGGAGGCUAGCUACUAUUUUCCAAUGAAGACUAUGUUUCGCUCCUUUUUCUGCGCCAUGGUCUCGGCCAAUGUGCUGCGUAUGCUCAAUCCGUAUGGAAGCGAUACGAUGAUUAUGUUCUCCGUGGACUACAAAGCCCAAUGGCAUAUACUGGAACUUCUCCCGUUCGCUUUCCUCGGAUUGCUUGGCGGAAUUUUCGGGACCAUCUUCAACAGAAUGAACCUGUUCAUCUGCCGUUUACGUAAAUCCACUUGGCUUGGACGUUACCCUGUUCGUGAGGUUCUAAUUGUCACCUUGGUAACGGCUGUCGUGUCCUUCCCGCACGUCUACCUCCGCAUGAACACUAGCGAAUUGAUUCGACUCUUAGUCACCCAGUGCAGUCCGGAUGAUGAUAUGUCGAUUUGCGAUUACCGCAUCAAUGUCAGUGACCCAGUAGGAAAAGUUUUGGGAAUUUAUCCAGCCGGUCCCUCCAUGUCGACUGCAAUGGCCCUACUAGUGACUGCACUGCUACUCAAGCUUCUCCUGACGGUAUUCACCUUUGGCAUCAAAGUUCCAACCGGCCUGUUCAUUCCUUCCCUGGCUGCUGGUGCCAUAAUGGGCCGUAUGCUAGGCGUCGCCAUCGAACAGCUUGUCGUCACCAACGCCAACCAUCCGUUCGUCACUAGGAUGUGUAAAUCUUCUCAACCGUGCAUCAACCCCGGUCUGUAUGCCAUGGUGGGAGCAGCCGCCACUUUGGGUGGCGUGACCCGCAUGACCAUUUCUUUGGUGGUGGUCAUGCUGGAACUGACAGGCGGUUUAAAUUACAUCAUUCCACUGAUGGUAGCAGCCAUGGUUAGCAAGUGGACAGGUGAUCGGCUCACCAACGGUAGUAUCUACGAGGAGCACAUUCGUCUAAAUGGAUAUCCGUACUUGUGUGGACAUGAUGAGCUGGAACAUACUUGGAUUGCGGCCGACGUCAUGCAGCCAAGUGACCCCGACUCUCCACUUCUUGUCCUCACGCAAGAUGGCAUGACGGUAAAGGAUUUAGAGGCUUUACUUUCUCUGUCGGAUGUUAAAGGCUUCCCGGUUGUGGUAUCACAACACUCCCUCUACUUGGUGGGUUGGGUAACGCGACGUGAUUUGCGUUGGACUCUCGAUCGUGAACGCCAGUUAGAUACUAAUAUCGUGGAAGACUCGCCCGUUUAUUUCGUAUCCUCAGCUGACAUUGCACCGGAUGAUUCUGAUCUUCCCCAACUCAAUUUGCACAGCAUUGUUGACCUGUCCCCGACGACUGUAACAGACCAGACACCAAUGGAUACCGUUUUGGACUAUUUCCGUAAAUUGGGUCUACGCCAAAUUCUAGUAACACACAACGGUCGUUUGCUGGGUAUCCUGACGAAAAAGGACGUCCUUCGACACUUUCUUCGUUAUUCCCGUGUAAUUUAAUCGUCUCAGUCAUUCAUACUGAUUUCAUAUAACUUGAGUUCUUCAUAUUCUUCCAUGUUUUCAUCUACUCUGAUCAUAUAUGUCCGUCCGUUCUUCAUCCGAAUUUUCACCGUAUUUCUUUUUUUUCAUCUGCCGUGUGGUUUGGUGUACAACUGAGUGUUGUUUAAACUUUAACAAAGCGAUGCUGUCGAAUCCCAUAUUUCAUUUUUUUUUGCACAUUCUUUGUAGUUGUCUCUGAGAGCCUCAACUUCUAAUCACCUUGUUCUACUGCUCAACCGCACCUACUGGCUACUUCCAUACCGGCAUUCACUGAACACACCACAGGAUGAUGUCAACCAGGCAGUUACACCAAGUCCAACAGGCUUGCCUAAAAAACCGUCCCGUUAGAG